CUGAUGUGUCAACAGAAACACAUGAGAACAGUCCUAACGCACAUACGCCGAGUGAAGCCGAAGUAGAUGCAUGACAAGUUGAAGUAACAGCCUGUCUUGUUGAGCUGAUAAACCCAUAUUCUGAAUCAUUAGUCCCACAUCAAACAAUGAGGCACAGUACCAUAAUCACAAGGCACACCGCUUUGAACUGAAAUCGUGUCUCCUUCAGGAUAUAAUGGUCAUUUCUAAGGGAAGAGCGGCAUACAAACAAGCAAAACAAUGCCGUGGUGGGACCCCAACAUGGCCGCCAGAGUUUGUUGUGGUCACGUGAGUGAAUACGCUCUAUAGGUAACGUCUCUAUGAACGGGACUGUGGGCAAUAUCGUGUUAACUCAUUCAGAAAGUAAGUACAAGUUGAGCUGGCUUUAUUUGUUUGCAUAGUAAUUGUCUUAGAUUGUAUUCGUCAUGUUUUCAUUAAGUUACGUAUUAGUGUUAUAUGUGUUUCUUUAGCCAGUAACCCUAACCCUAACCUAGCUAACACGAACGUGACGUCUGCCCAGCUGCCUAUGCCCGAUACCUUUACGGAGCACUCGUGCCCAACUGCCUCCAAAGAAUCUGUCUCCUCUUGAUUCAAAUGUCGCUCAACCUGCCGACUAGCUCUUCCUCGUGCAUGUCCUGACGCCGCCAUCUCUUUCUCUCGAUCACGGUUCCUACUUCGAGAGCGCUCUUUUCGGUAACUUUGCAGGUUUGUCGACACGUCACCCCUCCCUCCACCUCUAUCUCGGGGACGCCCCGCCAUCUCACUGCCAGCAGAUGCGGACACGGAGAAUUCUCUGCUCUCGACAGCAGCUCGCCUGACUCAGUCAACUCCACGAGCAGACAUUAUCCUUCCCCAGCCCCUCGUGCACCUGCAGCUCUAAUUAGCCAAUUGCCUUCAGCUGCCGGCUCCCAGGGUCGGAAGAAGUAAUGAUAAAGAUGACUUUGACUACUCAAUUCAAGACCUGGUCCAUCAAGUUCGGACGAGCCCCCAAUUAGCGACAUGCUAAAUGACAAGAGAGCAUUGGCAGGAACACAUCCGAGCAUACUCUUAAAAUGGAAGAAGCUGACAAGGAUCCGGAAGAGGAGCCUGAACCUUCUGUGUGUGAAAAUCAAGAGGCUACGAACACGUAAGGUCUCCACACAUGAUAUGGAAGAAGACCCCGUGAUGGAGGCCCAUGAGGAGGUCAAUGAGGAGCCCUGCCAGAGCCAGCCUCAAGAGGAGGAGGGGGAGGAAAAGCUCAUCUCUCCUCAGAAGAUGACGCAAAUAACCAACAUCCAAACUGCAGCUGAUGCCAAAGAGUCCACGCGAAGGACAGAUAUGGAGGAAGCUCGGAGAAUUAGGUCAGAGCGGCUGGAGAAUGAGCACAAAUCCAGUCAGGAGAUAUUCCAGGAGAUCAACAGAGGCUGGUUGGCAGUGAAGCAGAAGCUGAUCCCCCAGGAGCGCCAGGAGGCCUUGGACAGCCAGCAGCAGUUAUGUGCUGCUCUCAUAAAAGACAAGAAGAAACUCAUAAGUGAUCUGCGACAGGAGCUGAAAGUUGGAGAUGAUCGUUUCGUGAAGGACUUGAGGAAGCAGGAAGAGGAGCUGGACCUGAUGAUGGAGAGAAUGGAGAAUCAGAUCAAAACCCUGACAAAGGCCUACAGGGACGAGCUGGCCCAGAUGUCGAGCCUUCAUCAGCAGGAAAGUGACGUCUUACUGACAAAGGACAAGACCGAAUGGGGAGAACGCAUGAAGAAAUUUUGGGAGGAAGAGAUGGGGAGGCUGGCGGAGAGGAGGAGAAAUGUGGAGGAGUAUGAAGCAUUAAUUCACAAGAUAAUGUUGGAGAGUAACAUCUCUUUCAAAAAUGAAAACGAUUUGAAGCUUCAGCGUCUGGAGAGAAGCCGUCAACAGAUCAAGGCCAGAACAAUGAUCACACAGCUCAAGGGAAUAAAGCCAAACCACCAGAUUAGAGAACACAGAACCAAUCAGAACCGUAUGAGGAGAAGGGUCUGCAGUCUGCAGAAAGAAGUGAAAAGCCUUCGUCUUGAGUCUUCCACUCAGGUAAAACAGUUUGACAAAAACAGCAAACAUUUGACUCAGGAGUACACACGCAGCAUCCAGCAAUAUGAAAACAUACGGCAGAAGAUCAAGGCCGCUGCAGUUUCUGAUGCCAGACAGUUUGAGGAGAUGUGGCUUAUGAUGGAAGAGGAGGUGAAGCUGCUGAGGGAGAGGGUUCUGGUCAUCGACUCUGAGAUCUGCGAGCAGCACCUGGGUGUCCCCUGGGAGCGACCCCCCAUGGGGCUCGUGGAGCUCUCUGGUCCCCCCCAGCCUCAGAAGCCUCUCCUGGGGAGUCAGAGGAGGACGGACCUCUCAGUCGGACCCGGGCCAGAGGUCCACACCGAAGGCACGGAUGUGGGAGUGGACAAGGGAGCGGGAGCGGUGCCGCAGAGUGAGAGCGGUGCAGAGGUGGAGGAAGGGAAGCUGUCGAUGGAGACGAUGAAAAAAGUGAAGGAGCUGCUGUGUGCCGAGGCGAGCUUCCUGAUGGACGAUGGUCUCCUCGGCCUGCUGGCUUCCCUGGAGAAGGAGGAGGAGUUUGUUGUGAAGCUGGGCUCCAUCCUCUCUUCGUUUGGCAUUGAAGAGGAGGAUUUGCCCAAGUUGGCUGAAUUCAUACUGCAGUACAAACAUGAGCCGGGAGAGCCGGCCGAGGUCCAGAGGGGCAGAGACGAGGGUGUUUGUGCCGAGUCGGCUGAAUCCAGCGGAAAGGAAGAGGAAGUGGAGACCCGGUCUACGAGUCACUUGACCUCUGAACUCAUCAAUCCGAGUCAUAUUGUGCCCGCUCUAAAAAGUUUCCUCGAGCAGCACAUGAGGUCCAGGGAGAGCUCAGCCCGCCAGAGUUUUCACAUGGUGGAGGCCCGGGAUUCUUCAGCGGAUGAAGCCUUCUGGGACAGUUUGGGCAAAACGAUCUCUGACGACAAACUGAAUCUCUGGGACGCCGCAGGGAACACACUAAAGCAGUACCUGGAGGUCCUGACUGAGAUCUCUGAGCUCGUCCCUGAGACUCAGAGUCUGGAGCAGCAGAACGCAGAGCUGCGGAUGUUACUGCAACAGUUUCUGAACUCAAGAGUCAGCACCGAGCCGAAGACGGCGUAAACCAAACUCCACUUGGAAUCGGCAAAGCUGGGACAGCGUGUACAAUUAUUAAGUGUAAAUGAUUUAUAUUCGCUGUAAAAUAAAGCCUCUUAUAGAUA